GUCACUGAAAGUUUUGGGCCACACGUGGGAAGAUGGCUCCCAGUGAGGAUCAACAGCAGGCACAUCGGCCUGGAGUUUUUAAACAGAAAAAUAAAUCACACAAACAUGGCAAGCAUCGGACGAAAGGUGAAAUCGGACGGGAGAACAAGGGCCGCGUUGCAGUUAUGGCCCUGACGAAGAAACAGAGAAGAGAAAUAAAGAAAAUGGAUCGAAGACAUAAAGCCAAUCAACUACGACAGAAUAAGAAAGACUUGGUGCUGACGGAGAAACGUCGGCUGGGCAGCAAAGAUGGACCUCCACAUUUGGUGGUAGUCGUCGCCCUGCAUGCCGAUGUGGAUGCUGCAGCUGUCACGCGGAUGCUGAGAUCAGAGGGCGCGGGGGGACUCGUGCAGGAGGACCAGGGAGUGUGUGGAGCCACGGACAGCUUUGGAAUGGUCCUCCCUCGGUUCAAACAAAGGUUCAUCUUCCAUCGCCCAGACCCCUCUGAUUUGCACUCUUUACUCGAUGUUGCCAAAAUCGCAGACAGCCUUGUUUUUGUGAUGGAGCCUACGAUUGGCUGGGACAGUUAUGGAGAAUACUGUGUGUCGUGUCUGUUUGCUCAGGGAUUGCCAAGCCAUGCUCUGGUGUGUCAGGGGGUGUCCGACCUGGCCCUGAAGAAGCGUGCCGACUGCAAGCGCCUGCUGGCCAAGCAGGUGGAGUCGCGUUUCCCCGACGCCCGCCUCUUCCCCCUGGACUCGGACCAGGACGCCACGCUCCUCCUCCGCCACCUGGGCGCCCAGCGCCAGAGACGCCUGGGCUUCCGCUCCCGCCGACCCCAUCUCCUAGCCCAGCGCGUGGCCUUCACACCCAACCCUCCUGCCCAGCAGGGGGCGCCCACCACGGGACUGGGUACGCUGCAGGUGUCUGGAUACGUGAGGGGUCGGCCUAUGGACGUCAACAGGUUGGUGCACAUUGUGGGCCACGGAGACUUCCAGCUAGGGCAGAUAGAUGCGCCUGAGGACCCGCUGCCCAUCCAGGCUACAGUUCGGGCUGCCAAGCCGGGGCGAGGAGGGGACGUGGAGAUGAUGGAUGGUGGCGAUGGUGGUGGUGGUGUGAGGGUACUGAUGAAGGCUGACGCAGGCCAGAGGGCGAGCCUGCAGGCGGAGGCCGAGGUGGACCCCAUGGAUGGGGAGCAGACCUGGCCCACUGAGGAGGAGCUGCAGGACGCUGAUGAUGAGAGGAAGAAGAAGAGAGUGAUGAGGGUGCCAAAAGGAACCUCCGAGUACCAGGCAGCCUGGAUCAACGAGCAGGAGGAUGGAGAUGAGGAUGACGAGGAUGAUGAGAGCUGUGAUGAUGAUGAUGAAGAUGACGCUGAAGACAUGAUGGAGGAUGAUGAGAAUGAGUCUCAGGAUGGAGGUGAGAAUGGAGGAGGAGAGGAAGAGGGUGAUGAUGAUGAUGAGGAGGAGGAAGAAGAGCUGGGCUCCACGGAUAAGGGUGGCGUAGACCAGCGCUACGACGCCACCAUGGACCCUGUGGAGGAGGAGGACGGCUUGAGGCGCUACCGCGAGGCCCGCGCCCACCAGCUCUUCCCCGACGAGAUCGACACGCCGGUGGACGUGGCUGCCAAGACCAGGUUCCAGCGCUACCGGGGCCUGAAGAGUUUCCGGACGUCCCCGUGGGACCCUCUGGAGAACCUGCCCUUCGACUACUCUCGCAUCUUCCAGUUCCAGAGCUUUGAGCGCACGCGCCGCCGCGUCCUGGCCGAGAGCGCCGAGGAGGACGAAGGAGCCAUGGUGGGCUGGUAUGUGACCCUGCACGUCCUGGAUGUGCCUCCCUCUGUGCUGGAGAGCUUCCAACAGGGCCGACCGCUAGUGCUCGUCUCCCUGCUGCCACACGAACAGAAGAUGUCCGUGAUGCACAUGUUGGUGCGGCGUCACCCCAGCAACACUGAGCCCAUCAAGUCCAAACAGGAGCUGGUGUUCCAGUGCGGGUUCCGGCGCUUCCGAGCCUCCCCCAUCUUCUCACAGCACACCUCCGCUGACAAGCAUAAGAUGGAGCGUUUCCUGCGGGCCGACGCCCCGACGGUGGUGUCUGUGUACGCCCCCAUCACCUUCCCCACCGCGGGGGUCCUGGUCUUCAAACAGAGGGACAAUGGCAUGCAGGACCUGGUGGGCACGGGUACUCUGCUGAACUGCGACCCGCGCAGGGUGGUGCUGAAGAGGAUCGUGCUGAGUGGACACCCCUUCAAGAUCAACCGCCGCUCCGCCGUCGUCAGAUACAUGUUCUUCAACAGGGAUGACAUUCUGUGGUUUAAGCCAGUCGAGCUGCGCACCAAGUGGGGACGAAGAGGCCACAUCAAGGAGGCCCUAGGUACACACGGCCACAUGAAGUGUGUGUUUGACAGCCAGCUGCGGUCCCAGGACACAGUGCUGAUGAACCUCUACAAGAGGGUGUACCCCCGCUGGACCUACGACCCCCACGUGCCCCUCCCCCUGCCCUGGGUCAAGCAGGAGGUGGAGGUGGACAUGAGCGAAAUCGACAUGGAGUAGAGAAUCACAGGCGUGCAAAUAACCCUCACCCAGGCCUGGACCCCGUUUCUCCAAAGCAUCGUUGCUAACCCGUUAGCGACUUGGUUGCAGUGCAAUUUCCCAUUGACAACCAAGUAAGGAAGUUCCUAACUUAGUUAGCAACGGCACUGCCAAGAAAUGUGGUAAUAUGGCACUCAUGGGCAUUUCCCGGCGGGCAGACAGUCCUCGGGCUGAUGCUGUGGGGUUUUUUCCCCUAGUUUUAGAGAGCAACGCUCAAAAAUGCCCGGGCCAUAUUUUGGUCCCAGACCACCCCUGCCCACCCCUAUAAACAGCGGAUGUUCUAUUUACAAAUAUCAUGUGUAUGUAUUAAUAAACCCAUUCUUUAUGUGUCCCCCAUAAACUUUUCUGUGGUUUUAUUUUCUUAU